CUCGCCGCUGUCCCUCACUGAGCUCACGUCGGCGUCGCUCCCACUUCUCUCCUCGCCGUGACUGUCCUCGCCGGCUCGCCUCUCCCGUCUGCUGUCUCUGGUCUCUGCUCGCCUCUCCCUCAUCGUCUCUUGCUAACUGGAGAGGGUAGGGGCGGGACAGGUACCCGUAGGACGGGUUAGGGUAGAGCAGCCUACUACCCGCGGGUAGGGGUGGUGCGGGUAGUAGUGGAGUGCAAGGACGGCGGGGCGGGGUCGGGUAGGGCAAAAACCCGCCCCUACCCGCCCCACUGCCACAGAGGUAGAGAGGGAAGAAGAAGAAGAGAAGUGGAGUCUCAACCAAGUCUCCCAAUAGCUCUAUAACACUUCAAGAUCCUCCUGGUCUGUUUCCCUUUCACCUGCAGAUAUUGGCCUACACUCGGUUUUUUCCUAUGAGCCAACUCAUGUUUUUUGUGGUUCAUAAUGGUAUUGAAGAGUAUUUGUGAGAGGAUCAUUGGUGCAACAUGUUCUUCUAAAAGCUCAGUUGAGACUAUAGAUAACAGUCAGGUGCCAGCUUCUUUGAAAGUAGGGUCUGGUGAAAGUAAGUAUCCUAACGCUUCCUUGUGGUCAGGCUUCUUUCCAUCUGGUUUUUUGGUCUCUGAAACGCAUAGUGAACCAUUGUCUUCUGAAAAGAAAGCAGUUUAUUUUGGAAAUAGUGGGUGGGCAGCUGCUGUGUGGAAAGUUGUUAACAGUGGCUCGAUGAGGAGAUUUCAAGAACGUGUACUUGGGACAGGGAGGACUGAGAUUUCAAGUUCUGAUGGUGAUAUAUGGUCUGGUGUCUGCCAUAAUAUUUCACAACAAGAAUCGACUGCAAAUGUAGAUACUAGUAACGAGUUUGCUGCACUUGAGCAAGAUUUUUCUUCAAAAAUCUUAGUAACAUAUUGGAAAGGCUUUGAUGCUAUUGGAGAUUCAAAGUAUACUAGUGAUUUUAAUUGGGGAUGUAUGUUUCGGAGCAGCCAGAUGCUUGUAGCUCAGGUUGUCAAUAUCAAUGGGGAAUCCCAAGAGACUAGUACCUCCUCGUACCAUAGCAAUGUUAUCAGGCACAUACCCCUAGAUUCAAUCAACCCAUCCUUGGCUAUUGGAUUUUACUGCCGAGUCAAAGAUGAUUUUGACGACUUCUGUUCCCGAGCUUCCAAGCUUGCUGAAGAAUCAAAUGGUGCCCUAUUAAUCACGGUAGCUCAGUCUUGGAGGUUCUUAUUGCAAACCGCUAGUAACAAUUCGCCGGGUGGCAACCUUGGAUUCCAAGACGAUGAUUCUGUAGCUAUGGAUGUUGCCAACGAAGCAGGCAACAAUGAGGAUGAUUGGCAACUCCUGUAAUUCCAGAGUUGCGCAAGGUUGAUUUGAAGUAAUGGGUGGAAAAAUUUGUUGUUUGAUGCUCAUGUGCCUAAGCCUAAUUUGUCCAUGUUGUUGAUGCCUAGUUUUGGUGGCUCCCCAUUCUCAAGAUAUGAUCGAAAAUAGGCUUUGUAGAAAAGUAAAUUAUACUGAAUAUGAUUCUUUGGCUUAAUUUAUUUGCUCAUUUGUUGAUAUAACUAACUAGGUAUUUGUUGAACGUUA